AUGUACUCGCCCCGUGUACGCUCGCCAGCCCCAGGCGCGCUUCAAGGAGGCCCUGCGCCCAUACGGAGCCGCCGGUCGGGACUUCGCAGCCGUUCAACGCAGCUCCUGGCUCUGAGAUUCGGAUGGGUCGUUCUCGUCAUCUGGUACGAGGUCGGCGAAUUCUUCUACUCGCUCUCCAGCUGUCGCUUCCCAGACUCGGCCAUUCGCAACGAGUCUGAGGGUGGACAGACGCCAAAACACGUUGUCCUCAUUGCCGACCCCCAUGUCCCACACCCCCUCUACUCGCACCCAGAAGACGGUGCGCCAUGGGCCAACGCCGUCAGGCAGCGCAUGGAGGAACUCUUUAUGCGCAAGAGCUGGAACAUCGUCCGUCGUCUCGGUCGUAUCGACGCCGUCGUGUUCGUUGGCGACAUGCUCGACUAUGGACGUGGAGCCAUGAGCAGCCGACAGUACAGCGACUACCAUGACCUGUUCCGUUCCAUCUUCAAGUUACACUCGGACACGCCCAUGUACUUUGUUCCAGGGAACCACGACAUUCCCCUUGGUCGACAGGGUGACGACAUCUCCACGAUUGCUCGUCAACGCUACGCCGACCACUUUGGCGAGAUCAACACUGUAGUGGAAAUUGCAAACCACACCAUCAUUCUCUUGGAUGCCGUUGGCUUGAUCGAGGAAGACUACCGCCGCUACUACGCCGAAGUUCAGUAUGGCGAGUGGGACGGAGUCGACGAAAACGUCAUUACCUUUGUCAAGAACCUGGGUCGCAACCGACCAAACUCUCCCAUCCUCAUCUCGCACGUGCCUCUCAACCGCAAAGAGGGGUUGAGCUGUGGUCCAUUUCGCGAGUCGGGAGGCCAAAUCAGAAAGGGUGUGGGCCCCGGCUAUCAGAAUCUUCUGGGAAGCGACACUUCGCGUUUCCUCCUGGAAGUUAUCAAACCCACCGUUGUGUUCAGCGGCGACGACCAUGACUACUGUCACGUCACUCACCCCAACGGUGUCAAGGAGGUCACAGUCAAGUCCUUUUCGUCGUCUGCUGGCAUCCGCCGUCCGGGCCUGCAACUCCUCUCGCUUGUCCCUCCCACCGAAUUUAACUCUGGGCAGGCUGACCGCCCGUGCAUCCUACCCGACCAGGUCAGCGUCUACACGCGUGUUUACCUGCCCUUUGCCUUGUUCACCAUCGCGUUCCUCCUCAUCACCAACAUUCGCACUGCCUGGGCGCGUUCAUCUGCCAGUGCUGAGGCUAGGCGUAUGAGCCCACCCGAAGAGAAGCGGCGACAGGCGAGCCUGCCCCUAACACUCCCAUCCCGUCGCUCGGCCACCCACCUCCAGGCGCUGGCCAAGUCGUCGCCCCGUGAAAGGCAUGCCGGUAUCGUUACCCCGGCCCCUUCUGCCCCCACUUCCCCACUGUUGAGCCCUCGCAUGCAGUUCUACACCGACGACUAUGACCCCGAGAUGGCCGAGGUCCCUGGCUCCCCUGUCCUUUCCCGUCGUUCAAGUUACGCCGCCGAUUUGGGCUCCAUGUCUCGCUCCGCCAACGCCGGCCUCCUCUCUACUCCCACUCUCCAGCCCAACCCACGCCGCCCGAGUGCUGUGCCUCGCAUGCUCUCGGCAACCGACUGGGCCUCGGCCGCGCGCGCAAAGGACGUCUCAGUCCUCAGCCUUGUCGCUGACAAGGGCAAGACCGCUGUCUACAGCUCUCGCGUCCGCGGAUUCGUCCGCUGGCUCUGGCGUGCGCGGAACAGCUUCCUUGUCAAGACGUGGCGCGAAACUAUCGCCGUCGCGAUCCCAGCCGCGAUCGUCUGGAUGCUCAUGAACGCGCUGUUCUUCUGGGAGUCAGCCUAA